ACACCAAUGUGAAUCGCUGGCCUUUAACUAGGCGAAAGCCGCCGCCCCCUUUCCCCUCACUCUCCGCUGUUGUCCCUUUCUCUGGAUUGACUGCGACAGCUGCCUGUGCGUAGUUCCUCUCCGCGAAGUUGGGACGAAUAGAAGGCAUGCCGCUGGCUCGCAGCCUGUCUGUCACGUCCCUCUCAGGACUGGAGGAGUGGGACGAAGAGUUUGAUUUGGAGGACGCCGUCCUUUUUGAAAUUGCCUGGGAGGUCGCCAACAAAGUUGGAGGCAUCUACACCGUCAUCCAGACCAAAGCCCGUCUGACCUCGGAGGAAUGGGGAGAGAACUAUUUCCUGGUGGGUCCCUACGUGGAAAGCAACGUGCGCACUCAGGUGGAGCUGAUCGAGCCCACCAACCCCGUGCUGAAGAGAACCAUUGACAAGAUGAACUCCAGUGGGUGUAAGAUCUACUUUGGGCGCUGGCUUAUUGAGGGCAGUCCCUAUGUUGUUCUGAUUGAUGUCGGCUUCACUGCCUGGUCCCUGGACCGCUGGAAGAGCGAGCUUUGGGAGCUUUGUGACAUUGGCGUGCCCUGGUUCGACCGCGAGGCCAACGAUGCUGUGCUGUUCGGCUUCCUGACUGCCUGGCUUCUGGGAGAGUACGCAGCUCAGAGUGAGCAGCCUCCACACAUCGUGGCCCACUUCCAUGAGUGGUUGGCCGGCCUGGGCCUGGUGUUGUGCAGACAGAGACACCUGCCCGUUGCAACCAUCUUCACCACUCACGCUACACUCCUGGGACGAUACCUGUGUGCCGGAAAUGUGGACUUCUAUAACAACCUUGCAGAGUUCAACGUGGAUAAGGAAGCGGGCGACAGACAGAUCUACCAUCGCUGUUGUUUGGAGCGGGCAGCUGCUCACUGCGCUCAUGUCUUCACCACUGUGUCACAAAUUACAGCCAUUGAGGCCGAGCACCUGCUCAAGAGGAAACCAGACAUCGUUACUCCCAAUGGGCUCAACGUGAAGAAGUUCUCAGCCGUGCACGAGUUUCAAAACCUCCAUGCUCAGAGCAAGAGUCGGAUUCAGGAGUUCGUCAGGGGACACUUCUACGGGCACCUGGAUUUCAACCUGGACAAGUGUUUGUUCCUCUUCAUAGCUGGAAGGUAUGAGUUCUCCAACAAAGGAGCCGAUAUCUUCUUGGAAGCUUUAGCCAGACUCAACUAUCUACUGAGAGUCAACCACAGUGACGUGACUGUCAUUGCAUUCUUCAUCAUGCCAGCUCGGACGAACAACUUCAACGUGGAGACCUUAAAGGGCCAGGCAGUCAGGAAACAGCUCUGGGACACUGCUCAGACUGUGAAGGAACACUUUGGAAAGAAACUUUAUGACUCACUUCUAGUUGGGCAGCUUCCAGAUGUAUCAAAGAUGCUGGACAAAGAGGAUUUCACCAUAAUGAAGCGUGCCAUCUUUGCAACUCAGAGACAGUGCCAGCCUCCGAUCUGCACCCACAACAUGCUGGAGGACAGCAGCGACCCCAUCCUUAACUGUGUCCGCCGCAUCGGCCUUUUCAACAGCUCUGCUGACCGUGUCAAGAUAAUCUUCCAUCCAGAGUUCCUUUCGUCCACCUCUCCUUUGCUUCCAAUGGAUUAUGAGGAGUUUGUAAGAGGCUGCCACCUCGGUGUCUUCCCAUCUUACUAUGAGCCUUGGGGCUACACACCUGCUGAGUGCACAGUCAUGGGAAUUCCAUCAAUCUCAACUAACCUGUCAGGCUUUGGAUGUUUCAUGGAGGAGCACAUAGCAGACCCCUCAGCGUAUGGUAUUUACAUCAUGGACAGGCGGUUCCGGGGGAUCGAUGAGUCCUGUAACCAGCUCACUUCCUUCCUGUUCCAGUUCUGCAAGCAGAGCCGGCGCCAGCGGAUCAUCCAGAGGAACCGGACUGAGCGCCUGAGUGACCUCUUGGACUGGAGAUACCUUGGCAGGUAUUAUGUAGCUGCUCGUCAUAUGGCCUUGGCUAAAGCCUUCCCUGACACCUACCUAUAUGAACCUCAAGAGCCCACCUCAACCUCAGGCUUCCGUUACCCCCGACCUGCCUCUGUGCCGCCGUCUCCAGCUCUGUCCCGCCACUCCUCUCCCCACCACAGUGAGGCUGAGGACAACGAUGAAGACGAACGCUACGACGAGGACCUGGAGGCAGAGAAGGAUCGGUUGAACAUCCGCCAGCCAUACACCCCGCCAUUCAAAAACAAGUCUCCUGCUGUCCAUGGGGCCAACGGGAACGGCGAUGGUGUCACAAGCGAGAAAAACUGAGACACAUACACACACACACACAGACACACACAUACAGUACAUGCUAAACCUCACUAAUCAAACCUUAUCUGUGGAAAACAUUACAGUCAUCCAUGAACUUGCAACCCUUAUAAAUGAGUGCAAUUGUGAAUGUGAGUGAUGCAUUUAGUAUUGGCUUGUUGUGAAAAAUUUUGUCACUGUCAGUGUCUUCCCAACUUGUGCGUACCUCAGAAUUUUUAAAAAUAUCUGUCAGUUUGAUAUGUUUUGGUAUUAUUUCAGUUACACCAGCAGUGCAACCAGUGGUUUGCUUUGUGGCGUAAACGCAGCAGCUAGAAAGGGCUAAACGACAGCUCAACUUGGGGAAAAAAAAAAAAUCAGGAUUGCUGGAUUUUGUAGAGUACUAACACUGGAUAACAUAGGUCUAAAGCAUUGAAAAAAAUAACAUAGGUUUGUUAUGAGUCUCUGGAGGGGGUUUUUAUACUUGAUUCAAACAUGGGUCAGAGCAGGGAAAACAGUAUAACCCUCCUUUUUACCAGCUUGUCACCAAGCAUGAUCAGCUACUUUCCAGCCAAAAAGGCCCAUGUAAAGACAGUGUCAGUUGCUCUGAGUAGCCACAAAUAGCAGCCAUUCUUUUUACUUGUGAAAAGAAUGGGUGAUGAUAAUACAGUGCUUCAAACUCAACUGUCCACCUUAUAAUAGCAUUUUUUCUUUCAAAUGCCUCGUCUAUUACAAAACUUCCCAGAAUGGCAAUGAAACAUAAAACACACACAUCCACAACAAUACAUAGCAUGAAUAGUGUCAGGUGUGUAUUUUCAUUUUGUUUCUGUGCCUUAUUGUAUCGCAGCCUUUCAGUGGCUAUCAUUGAUGAACAACCUCACACUCCUGUUAAUCCUGUAUGUACUGUGUGUGUGUGCUUUCGUGGGGAUGGAUAUUCCUGGGUUUGCUUGUUUCAGCAAGUACCCUUGUGAAAGGGAAAAAAAAAAAA